AUGGGUGACUCGGAAGCGACCGGGACCUUGACUCGCAGGAGAAGGGCGACCUUUGCGGCGAGGAGAGGAGUGAGCCUGCUGCCGAUGAACGGGAGGUCUGCGGCGGGGUGUCACAGCUCAGUGACCGCUGACAUUAACGGGGAUAACAGCCAGGGGAAACAGGAGCUUUCACUGGAAACAGCCCGGAGUAAAUCAAAGAGUGAGAAAAAGAAACGCAGGAAUGACUUAACUGACAGACUGAGCUGUCAUAGGACACAGGAGUCCCUGCUGUGUUCAGCCAGUGGUUACAAUAACUACAGAGGGAUCCUCAACUGGUGUGUGGUCAUGCUGGUGCUGAGUAAUGCUCGCCUCUUCUUAGAAAACCUGUUAAGGUAUGGUGUUCUGGUGGACCCUAUUCAGGUGAUUUCCUUGUUUCUGAAGGAUCCCUACAGCUGGCCAGCAGCAUGCCUGGUGAUUGCGUCCAACGUGUUCAUUCUGGUGGCUCUCUACACAGAAAGGCAGCUGUCGAAGGGCUCAUUCUCUGAACUUGUGGGAUUUCUGGUCCAUUGCAUUAAUAUGGCAAUCAUGCUAACAUUCCCUGCUGCACUGGUCCUACUGGUCCCCUCCAUGACCCCAGUUGGCGGUGCCUUCACUCUUGGUACUUACACCAUCCUCUUCCUAAAGCUUUACUCCUAUAAGGACGUCAACAUGUGGUGCAGAGAGCUGAGCACUGCCAAGGCCAAGACACUGGCCAGGUCGCUGUCUUGUCCGUCCGCACAGCAUCUCAAAGGCAACCGUGAGGUGUGUUACCCUGGCAACCUCACCAUCAGAGACAUGUACUACUUUGUCUUUGCGCCAACUCUGUGCUACGAGCUCAACUUCCCCCGCUCUCCUAAUAUUCGCAUGGGUUUCCUGCUGAGGAGAUUGUUUGAGAUGCUGUUCCUCAUCCAGCUGUUAGUUGGUCUUACUCAACAGUGGAUAAUUCCCAUCAUUCAGAGUUCCAUGAAACCACUAGAGGACAUGGAUCUGUCCAGGAUGACUGAGAGACUUCUAAGAUUAGCUGUUCCUAAUCACUUGCUGUGGCUGAUGUUUUUCUACUGGUACUUCCACUCGUCUAUGAACUUCACCGCUGAGCUGCUGCGCUUUGGAGACAGACAGUUCUACAGAGACUGGUGGAACUCUGAGACAGUGACAUAUUUCUGGCAGAACUGGAACAUCCCUGUACACAAGUGGUGUCUACGCCACUUCUACAAGCCACUGCUGAGGAAAGGAUUUAGUAAAAUAGUCAGCCAAUCAGCUGUCUUCUUCUUGUCGGCUUUCUUCCAUGAGUACUUGGUCAGUGUUCCUCUCAGGAUGUUCAGACUUUGGGCCUUCAUGGGCAUGAUGGCGCAGCUUCCAUUAGCCUGGAUUGCUGGUCGCUUCCUGCGGGGCGCCUACGGCAACGCUGCAGUGUGGAUCUCAAUCAUUAUUGGCCAGCCAUUCGCCGUCCUGAUGUACGUCCACGACUAUUACGUCCUGAACUACAGAGAGGAGUCUGAAUAAUGUACACAAACACACACAUAUGUACAUACACAUCUACCACCUUCAUCUUGUACGUUCACACACAAACACAGAAGUACCACUUGCGUCCAGUGCAGCUCAACAGAUAUCGCCCUUUUUUUCUUUCUUUUUUUUUUGUUAAGAUUAUUUUUUUUGGCUUUAUUUGAUAGGAUAGCUUUAGCAUGGAAGGGGUAGAAAGGAGGGGAUGACAUGCAGCUAAGGGCCAUGAGUCAGGACCAAACCCGCAGCUGCUGCAGCAAGGGCACAGCCUCUGUACAUGGGGGCGCCCGCUCUAUCAGGGAGCUACUGGGUGCACUAAAGGAUGCUGUACUUUACACGUCAGGGUGAACUUAUCACAUCCUGAUCAUAGCAUGUUUACAUAAAACACUUUGGCUGUUGUAUCUUCCUGCAAUGUUUUUUCAUCCCAGAAAAAAAUAUUUUUUAAGCUGGGAAAGAUAAGAAUUGCUAACAUGAGGAAAUAUUGUAAAACUAUGUUGACUCUUGAAAAACUACUGUAACGCAGGAGAGUUCACUUCAGUAUCCAUUGAUGUAGUCAUCUAGCAUUUCACUCAGGUGAUUUUUCUUCCAGUGUCUUUUUAAAACCUCUCACUGCCAGUUUGCCAAAUGUAUCAACGCCUGCAUGUGGUACUGCAGAAAAGCUUCUCUGUUUUACCAGAGAGGCUUUGCUCCUCUUCAGCUGUGUGCAUGGACAGUAUAAUGACUGUGGCUGAAUUUUAUCAAUUGUCAAGUUGACAACAUGAUUCAAGUGCCUUCAUAAAAGUUAUGAGAGAGUUUUAUGACCCACUGUGUUUCCUCUCUGUGAGCCAAAGGGGCCUGAAUGUGUCUGGUUUUACUGUGAGAUGGAACAUCACGAAGAGAAAUGAAUGGAUGCUGGUAGGAUUUUAUAAAUGUACAAUAUAUUUUUUAAUGAUGUUUUACUUUGUCAGUUAUGAAAAGGCCAGCAUUAUUGUAUGUGUUUUUUCAUCAUAAUAAUACAGCACACAUCCAAUCGUCCAAUCAGGCCAGCAAUUUUUUUUUUUUUUUUGUAUUACUUUUUUGCAGAAAACAGACAAUGCAAAUUCACUGAAUUGGUGUUUUUAUUGUACUUCUAUCUCAUUGGACUGCUGGAUUAUCUAAAUACAAUGUGUGUGUCUGAAAAUAAACAUUCAGAAUUCAAUUUAA